AUGGAUCUUCAAAAUCGAACAAAUUGCUGCAACUCCGAUUGUUGCGAAGAAGAGGAUACGGUGGGCUAUUACCUUCUUCCGACGCUCUACUCUGUAUUCUUUGUCGUUGGUCUCCCUGCCAACUGCAUGUCUUUGUAUGUGGCCUCGCUGCAGGCAAAGAGAGGCAACAACAUGGCAGUGUACCUGGUGAACCUGUCCGUGUCAGACCUCCUGUACAUCGUCUCUCUGCCUGUGUGGAUUCAGCUGGCGCUCCAGUGCCGCUCCGUCGGCGAUACCCUCUGCAGCAUUGUCGCGUUUGUCAUGAACAACAGCUUCUACGUCGGCACCGGCUUCCUUUGCUGCAUCUCCGUGGACCGCUACCUGGCCGUGGUCUUCCCGCUCUACUUCCCCCGGGCUCGCACCAUGCGGACGGCGAUCGUGGUGAGCGCGGUGGUGUGGUGCACGGAGCUCCCCCUGCACGUGCUCCUCCUGUCCCACACGGGGGCUCUCGGCGCCUUCUCCUCUUCCCGAACUUGUGUGGAGAAGACACCGAUGCGGCUGGAAGACUCGCACAUGGCCCUGGUACGGGUCGCCCUGGGCUACCUCUUUCCCCUGCUCCUCAUGACCUUCUGCUUCUUGCAGAUCUUCCGGGCGGUCCAGGUCAGCGUGUUCACGGUGGAGACCGAUCGGAGGAAGAUCCAAAGCCUCUUGCUCCUCCUUCUGCUCACAUACGUGGUGGCCUUCACUCCCUAUCAAACUGUCAUGUUCCUUCGGGGCCUCUGGGAACCCGGCGAGUGCAGCUUCGCCCUACGCAUGAAGGACGCCUACAUGGUCUGCGUUGCCGUGACAACCCUCAACAGCGUGGUGGACCCCAUCAUCUACUGUCUCCUGAGCGAGAGUGCCAGGAUAGAGAUGAACUUGCUGCUGCAGCAGUGCCGUAGGAGGUUUGAGACAAUCCUGUCUUUGAGGAAAAACUGGAAAGACUGUUUCCUCUGUCACAUAGGAGAAGGACUUCCCAAAUUAACAAAAGCCUCAAGGUGA